CAGUGAGCAGAGUGCAACACACUGGACAAUCACCCUCAAAACUGACCUGUGGCGCACACUUUAUACGUCAUCACUAAAGACCUUUCUUGUCCCUCGUGUCAUAACAUGGUCGUCUCUGUACCUACUAUGCCAAUGACACAUACUAUGUGCUAGUUGAAUUGAAAAAAGUGUGAAUUGAGGAUUUCUUCGCCGAAACAAUGCCUCGCUACGAACUGGCCCUGAUCUUGAAGGCGAUGCAGCGGCCGGAGACAGUGACUGCUCUCCGGCGGACUGUGGAGACUUUAAUGGAGCGGGGCGCGGUGGUGAGGGACCUGGAGAACCUGGGAGAUAGACUGCUGCCUUACGUGAUGACAAAACACAAUCAGAGGCACCAUAGAGGGACUUACUUUCUGGUCGAUUUCUACGCAGCCCCCAGCAUCCUUCCAGGUUUAAUGGAUCACCUACACCGUGAUGUGGACGUGGUUAGGCCCACUGUGCUGAAGAAGGACGUCCGUGUUCCCAGCAACUGCUGUGGACCCAAACAGUGAUCAAAUGUUUUCACAGCUCAUAUAUCCAGAAGAUGUACAGUGCGAUGCUUCCCUCUUUGACGUUUUCAGUAGUUGUUGGCCUACAUUUGGAUGUUAUGUCAUAAUAAACUGCUUUUUUUUUCUA